GGAUGAACCUGGGGUUGGCCAAAAGAGAAAUGGGUGAAUCGACUGGUUCCCCUUCUCUCCGGGAAAAGCACUUGGUGGCGUACCUCAUGAUGGACGAAGAUCGGGUGGAAGUCUAUAAGAAUCUUCGAGAGGUGCUGAUGGUUAAGUUCAACUUAUCACCAGAAACCUACCGACAACGAGUCCAGCAGACGCUAACACAUGCUGGAGAGCCACCGACAGAGACAUACAACCAACUCAAUGAGCUCUACAAAUGCUGUAAACGACCAAAGCAGUGCACGAAAGAGCAGAUAGAAGAGGCUAUCAUGCUAGAGCAACUACUACAAGUGCUUCCACAUGAGGUGCUGACCUGGGUGAGAGAGCAUAAGCCAGCCGACAAACUGAAUGCAGAAAAACUGGCAACACAGUUCCUGGAUGCACACCAGGGAGGUCAGAAGUGGCCCCAGGCUACACCGACACAAGGGUCCAAGCACACUGAUGCAGCAGAAAAAAAGGGUACCUUCUCUGUUAUUCAUAGUAAAAAAAUAUUUGUUUCUAUUGCCAGCAAGAGGUUCACAAGGCUACAAACUGUACAGUGCACACACCUAAAUUAACCAGUCUUUGUUAUGUCCCAAGGGAGUGUGACUUCAAAGACAAUGUUAUGUGCACCACCCGACACAUAGACGUCACAGUGAAUGGACAAAUCGUGAAUGCACUUAGACACCAGCCGCACAUUUACACUGAUAAAAUGAUGCUACAUUCAAGGAAAUACCAUUGAC